AUGAAGCUCUCUUUCAUGUUAGGAGAGCUCCUCAUGCUUUUCGAGUUGAUUCAUGGUCUCCAAGAUGUGGCUGUAACCUGUACUGAAUCCUGGCUCCAGGUCAAAUUUAGACAAAGGCCCCUGAUAAAUGACCUGCAACCUUUGCAACAUGAACUCUUUCUAGGAAAUGGCUGUCCUGUAAACCUCGUUGAGCCGGAUUUCUUUGUGUUCCUUUAUCUUCUAACUUUUUGUGGCAUCGUAGUGACUGAACAGCCAGUAGGUAUUCUCAUUGAAAGUGCAAUCGUAUAUAACUCGGCGAAUUUUGAGUUCGAUGUACACAUCCCAGUAUCAUGCUAUAUUCAAAGAAGGUUUCCAAUAUUCUUCAUGGUGAGAAGGAGAGAGAAUAAUAGACGUGAAUGUAGAAGGCCAGUGGGACAGCAUCGCUCACUGUCACGGGAAAUUAAGGACUUGGGAAUCCAUCCAAGAGCAUCUUAUGCGAACAGUAUUCCCUUGUUGAGCUACAUAAUGUUAUCCCUUCCUAAGUGUAAGAACCAAGCUAUGCAUUCUGGAUGAUGAGGCAACCCUACUUCACCUGGUACUCUGGCUGCUUGAAGAUGUCAUUGCCUCUUGGAAGUUGGACUAGUCACUGGAUAUUGUCUUUUGUCAUUUCAAAUGUGCUAUUUUUAAAUGAGAA